UCUGCGAAAAAGAGCACAAUAUGUUAUAUAAUAACGAUUGUUAUAUUACUGGCCCUCACUAUUGGCUUCUUUGCCGCUUAUAUCAUUGAAAAGAAUAGAGAAGAGCAAAGCGUAGGCACGAGUCCGACAGCGCCUUCAGUGCCGCCGACAGCGCCUACACCUCCGCCAGACAUAGAGUUAUUGCUACCCAAGACUGUUCGGCCGAAACACUAUGACUUGACUGUCGAACCCAACCACGAAACCAAUGUCUUCACCGGACGGGUGACCGUCGAGAUCGAGGUCAUAGACGCCACGGAUGUGAUCAAAAUACACGCCAAUGAGCUGACUGUGUCCGGCGCUAAAGUGGUCGACAAAAGCGGCGCCGACUUAAAGAUCAGUUCCACUUCAGAGGACACAAAGAAACAGUUUUAUAUCAUUCAAUUAGAGCAGCCGUUGUCUAAAGAGGCGACCUAUCAGUUGUCGCUAUCGUUUAGCGGUUCCCUAAUCGGCAAAAUAAUCGGCUUUUAUAAAAGCAGUUAUACCAACAAAGAUAAUCAAAUCAGAUACUUUAGUGCUACAAAAUUUGAGCCGACGUACGCCCGGCAGGCGUUUCCCUGUUUUGAUGAGCCGAACCUAAAGGCAACGUAUAGUAUAUCUAUAAUCCACGACAAAGAGCUGAACGCCAUCUCAAACGGCGAGCAAAUUGAGCGCAAAGAGGAAAACGAUGGACGCGUGCGGACUGUGUUCAGCAAAACUGUGCCGAUGUCUACAUAUCUGGUCGCGUAUGUCAUCAGCGACUUUAAGUAUACCAAAGACACCACUAAAAGAGGAACAGAUGUUCGUGUAUUCGCCCGACCGGACGAGAUUGAAAAGACCCGAUACGCCCUCUCGACCACUAUUACUAUUCUUGAAUACUAUGAGACAUAUUUUGAAAUUGAUUAUCCGAUGGAAAAAUCAAAUGAUAGGUCCGUACCGGACGAGAUUGAAAAGACCCGAUACGCCCUCUCGACCACUAUUACUAUUCUUGAAUACUAUGAGACAUAUUUUGAAAUUGAUUAUCCGAUGGAAAAACUAGUUAGAGACAAUAUUUUAACACAUGUUUUGCUGAAAAUACCAGAUAUGGUGGCCCUCCCGGUGUUUGUGUCGGGUGCGAUGGAAAAUUGGGGUAUUAUUACAUUCAGGGAAACAAACUUACUGUAUAGCGCUGACCAGUCGAGCGCCAGUGAACAGAAAAGCGUGGCCGGUGUUAUUGGGCACGAGUUGGCUCACAUGUGGUUUGGAAACUUGGUCACAAUGGAGUGGUGGGAUGACCUGUGGCUCAACGAAGGUUUUGCAUCAUAUGUGGAGUACAGGGGAAAGGAUGCGAGUCAUCCCGAGUGGCAAAACCAGCAGUUCUUUCUCAACGACGACAUGCAUGGAGUGAUGAGAACCGACACUUUGGACACUUCUCAUCCCAUUAUACAGGAGGUGACAAAUCCGGAUCAGAUCACAGAGAUCUUUGACGCCAUAAGCUAUAACAAGGGGUCGGCUGUACUGCGAAUGCUUGAGUACGCCAUCGGAUCCGAUGUGUUCAGGAGUGGUGUCGUUGAGUAUCUCAAGAAAAAUAGCUAUGGAAACGCCGAAACCAAAGACUUGUGGGCAGCCAUUCAGACAAUUGUGGACAAAAAGCCCGGAACUGUUCCGAAUGUCAACGAUUUCAUGGACCGAUGGACUCGUGUGAAGGGCUAUCCCGUAGUGACAGUCACGCGGACGUCGGCCGAAGAGAUCACUUUCAGUCAAACAACGUUUCUAUUGAACGCCGGCGACAAUCAAAACAAUGUCAUCUCAAACAACAGGGACUCAACUCUUUGGGAUAUUUACAUAACGUAUCGAUCGGCGGAUCAAACGGGCAGUCAUUUACUGAAAAAACAAGAAGAGUCCAUCAAAUUGAACGCAAAGAUACCAUUGACUUCUUGGAUCAAAUUGAAUGACGAACAAUACGGCUAUUUUAUUGUCAACUACGGGGAGACGGGUUGGAAACUAUUGACAGACUUACUGAAGACCAAUCGGGAGGAACUGUCGCCUGUGAACAGAGCGAACCUCAUAUUUGACGCCUCGAUGCUGGCCGAGAGCGGACUCUUGUCCUACAAGACAUUUAUGGAUCUAAUCAGUUAUGUGAAGGAUGAGGACAAUCUGAUCCCAUGGAUGGCCGCCAACAGUGCGAUCGCUCGGCUCAACGAUAAGCUCAGCUCUUCUGACGGAGGCUUAACUGUAAAAGAAUUCAAAAAACAGAUGACCGAUAGUAUGUAUGCUUCGCUCGGAUGGCAAUCUAAUGCCAGAAGUAGUGAAAGUUUUCAGCAAAAAUUACUUCGGAAUUACAUAAUCUCGUUGGCGUGCAGUAGUGGUAAUCAAGACUGCCUUCAAGAGGCCAACAAUCAAUUCAAACAAUUCCUGACAACUGGACAACCGAUUGGGGCCGACAUUAGGGCCAACGCCUAUAAGUACGGCAUUCAAGUGAACACAAACGACAACGAGUGGAACCAAGUGUUGGAUUUAUGGCUCACAGAAGUGUCUUCGGCAGAGAAGUCCAAACUGUUGACAGCGUUGACGAGUGUCGACGACUCUCAGCUGCUCUCCAAACUGAUCACCAAAUCAGAAGAUGCGGUGAUUGUCAACGACCAGGACUUCUUCACUUUCCAGCAAAGUAUCGCCGCAAACAGUCUGACGGGUCGGCAAUUGGUCUGGAAUUAUAUGCGCCAAAACUGGCACAAACUCGUCGACCGGUUUAAGAUCAACGACCGACGGCUCGGCUCUUACAUCACUUCAGUGACCAAUAAUUUUAAUACCGAAACACAACUCAAUGAGUUGAAGGCAUUCUUCGAGGCGAACCCGGAGUCGGGCGCCACAGAAAAUGCCCGAAAACAGGCCUUAGAGAGGGUCCAGAAUAAUAUCAAAUGGUCGACGACUCACGAGGAAAGUGUGGUUCAGUGGCUCAACACUAAUAGCCCGUCAGUGAAUCCGUGGCUCAACUGGCGUUUGGAUCCGCAAGUAGUGCCGCAGGCCUACAAAGUUCACUGGACUAUAGAUCUCAGCGCCGAUACGUUCAGCGGAACCGUUAGAAUUGAAGUGAAUGUCAAAAAACCGAUCAAACAGUUUGUUCUUCACUCAAAAGGUCUCACAAUCACCGAAUCAAAGGCCUAUUUGGGAGACAUUAAUAGUGCCGAUGAAAAGCCAUUGAACGAAAAGAGUGAACCAAUUGUUUACACGGACAACGAUUUCUAUGUCAUACUGACUGACACCACAAUACGGGCCGACAUUUAUCACUUAUACCUCGAAUUCAACGGCAAACUCAGCACCGGUUUGAACGGUCUCUACAAGAGUGUGUACACCGACAGCACCGGGACGUCGAAGAGUUUGGCCACCACUCAGUUCCAGUCGACGUACGCCCGACAGGCGCUACCCUGUUUCGAUGAGCCGCAGUUUAAGGCCACGUUUGACAUCACAAUCACUCAUUCGGCCCAAUAUAACGUCAUCUCCAAUAUGCCGGUCCGCGAGAGUGUCAUCGCCGACGGCGGUCUCAAAGUCACCAAAUUUGAUCCGUCGGUAAAAAUGGUCACAUAUCUGGUGGCACUCGUUGUCAGCGACUUUGAAUGUUUCGUGAGUCCCAGUGAUAAGAGGGUGCGAGUGUGCGGCGCGCCCGGCAAUAAGCCUAAACUGGACUAUGCUUUGGACAAAACGCCAGCGAUAUUGAAGUUUUAUGAGAGCGAGUACUUCCAGAUUCCCUAUCCAUUACCCAAAUUGGAUAACAUAGCGGUCCCUGACUUCAGCGCCGGUGCAAUGGAGAACUGGGGUUUAGUAACUUAUCGGGAGGUCUAUCUGUUUUACGACGAGACAGAGUCGACCACUAAAAGUCAAAUGCAAGUUUGUAUGAUUAUUGCCCACGAAUUGGCACAUAUGCUUCGAAGUGAUCUGAGAUAUGCUUAUAAUGAAUAA